AUGAAGAGAAAGAGGGACACAUCGUCGGCUGGAGGUGAUGGUAGUGAGACAUUAGGGGCUGAAUUUGAAGUUUUCUUGAGUUUUAGAGGUCCAGACACAGGCCUAACUUUCACAGAUUGCCUCUAUCACUCCAUGGUUAGAGCUUGGAUUCACGUGUUUAGAGAUGCCGAAGAGAUCAGAAUAGGUGAAGAGAUAGGAGGAGAGCUUCUGCGUGCAAUCAACUCGUCUAAAAUCUACAUGCCAAUCUUCUCUAGAAAUUAUGCUUCUAGUGCAUGGUGUCUUCGUGAACUUGCGUACAUGUUGGAGUGCUGGAGAAAAAGAACAAGUGAGAAAAUGAUCAUUCCCAUUUUCUAUGACGUGGAUCCCGAUGAUGUGAAGCUGAAAACUGGAUUGUACUUUGAAGCUCUCGAAAGGCAUGGAGACAAGUUCGGUUGCGAUCAAGUGCAGCGUUGGAAGGAGGCUCUCAUUGAGGUUGCUCGCAUCAAGGGAUGGCACUUGAGGGAUCAAGGGCAUGGUAAAAUCAUCAAUCUUAUUAUUGAUGAGGUUUUGACCAAGCUAACGAGAGGAAAGAGAAAUCUCCCUGAUCAUAUAGUUGGAUUUCAUGAUCAUGUGGAAGCCAUCAUCAACAUUUUAGAUGAAGGUUCUCGUGAUAUUCUCUGCCUAGUAAUCCAUGGAAUGGGGGGUAUCGAUGGUGGUAAAAUUGUUGAAUUGCAGCAGAAGUUACUAUCAGAAAUCCUCCACCUCAAAUCUAUAGAGAUUGUGGAUGAUGAUAGAUUGUGGAUGCAUAAUCAAUUACGAGAUCUUGGAAGAGAGAUUGUUCGCCAAGAAGAUGUCAAAAUGCCUGAGAACCGUAGUAGGCUGUGGCUUCCCAAGAAUGCCUUGGACGUUGUUCAAAAUAGGAAGGGAACAAACAAUGUGGUGGCCCUCAAAUUGACACCAAUUUUUGAAGAGCACAGUUUCACAAGUGAAGGCUUUUCAAAGCUUCCCAAUUUAAGGUUAUUGGAAUUAGAAGGGGUGGGUUUUGUGGGUGACUUUAGAAAUAUUUUCUCGAAGGUUGCCUGGCUCUCAUGGCGCUUUUGUCCUCUUGAGUUCCGUGCGACUAAUCUAUGUUUCAAUAACUUAGCAGUGCUCAAGCUUUCGAAUAGCGACAUAAGUGAAGACUGGGCUGGAUGGGGACCAUGUCUGGCGAACAAGAACUUGAAAGUCAUACAUCUCACUAAGUGCACAACCUUAAGAAGGACUCCUAACUUCUCUAAUUGCUCAAAAUUGAAGAUAUUGGUGAUUAAAGAUUGUACGCACUUGCUAGUUGUCGAUAGCUCUAUCUCUAAACUAGAGCUCUUGAAGUACUUGGAAGUCUCCGGGUAUUCUCACUGGAUCCCAGAGGCAUGUGAAGAAAAAGACUUCGACUUAUUUGCGGUAUCUUCUGUGUUGGGUGGUCUAAAAUCCCUCUCAACACUAAAGAUAGAACGGAUGUGUGUUCGAGAACUUCACCAUUCAAUUGGAGAGCUUGUAGGCUUGAAGUGUUUGUCUUUAGUUGGUUGUAGAAUGCUUAGAAAGCUUCCAAACUCCAUCGGAAACAUGAGAUCACUACUUGAGUUGGAUUUGGAUGACACGGGAAUCAUAGAGCUACCUAAUUCCAUUGGAGAUCUCAAGAUGUUGAAGAAAAUGAGCCUGGCAAUGACUCGGUUAAAGGAGCUACCAAACUCAAUAGGAGGCCUAGAGUCAUUGCUUGAGUUAGUUUUGGAUCAAACACAUAUUCUAGAAUUGCCUGCUUCUAUUGGAAAUCUCACAAGGUUGGAGCUUCUCCAUCUAUCUUGGAGUCAAAUAAGAGAGCUAUCAAGGGGCAUAUGGAUGCUUGUGAAUCUUGAAGAGUUGGACGCCAGAGGUUGUCAAAAUCUAGAAGGGGAAAUACCAAGUGAAAUUAGGGAACUAUCCUUUUUGAGAAUGCUAGACUUAUCAUGGACCAAAGUUAGGAGAUUGCCCACAGCUAUGAAGCAACUUUCUUGUCUCCAUGAACUAUUUUUGCAAGGCUGUGAUGAGCUCGAAUGGCUGCCAGAACUUCCUCCAAGUUUAACAAUGUUAGAGUUUUCAUCUGAAUCAUCACGGACAAUUCCCGACCUCUCAAACCUAACCAAUUUAGUUCGUUUGGACAUAUUUGGUGGCAUUUAUCAGUCCUCUAAAUUCACAAAAGUUGUUUGCUUCCUUGUCUCCGUAGUUCAAUGCAACUAUUCUGGCAUUCUUAUUCUGCUUGCAAAUAUCUCAUACCUCUCUAAUUGGUUCAAAUCAUGGCCUGAUUCUAGGCAAGCCGUUCUCUACAAGGAUUCUUACAGCCAACCGUCAUCAAGUUGA